GAAACGUUGACGUCAGGAAGUCGACCACAACCAAAACAGUAACCUCAAUCGUUACAUGAAGUUUUCCCUUGUUUUAAAGCUAGUAAAGUGUAGCCUUCGGGGAAACCAUCAGACACAUGCGAUAUUCGCACCUAUGACCAUGCAUCCCCUCACAAUUACAGUGAGUGUGAUUCACUAAUGGUACCGGGCUCCAGCUAAAAUAGCAUACCGAGUUCUGAAUACAGGACCACACCUGCCCCCUGAGGAAACGGAGAAACUGACCCAUGGUUGACUGUCGCAGACAGUUAGCUAGCUAGAAGCAUCCAUGGUACCUCGAGAUAAGCCGUCAACAAGCCCUCACGAGAAGGCACCAGCUACAUAAAAGUAAUUCGAACCCUCUUGGUCGCAGGCGAACAGAAACAUCUGAAGGAAAACUGUCCAAGUAAACACAAAGAAAUAAUACAGGUAACAGGAGACCUGCUGUCAUAUCUACCUGCCGUUGAAGGCCAUUGCUGUUUCGCAUUCCAGUUGUCCAUUUAGUUCCUGGCAUGCACAUCUGUCAACUCCGGCAAGUGUAUCUUUAAGGCGCCCUCAUGGAUCCCGGCAACGAUGUGGCGCUGGAUAUCAUAAUAACUAACGUCGUGGCCACCUUUAGGACCAGAUGCCAUCUGAAUCUGCGGACCAUUGCACUAGAGGGAUUGAAUGUCAUUUACAAACCAGAAUUCGGGAAAGUCUUGAUGAAGCUACGUAAGCCUAAAAUCACCGCCUCUAUCUGGUCCUCAGGAAAGAUCAUUUGCACUGGAGCAACAAGUGAAGAGGACGCCAAGGCGGGUGCUCGAAGGCUCGCUCGUGUUUUGCAGAAACUUGGCUUCAAGGUGAGGUUCUCGGCCUUCAAGGUGGUAAACGUCCUGGCUGUUUGCUCUCUGCCCUUUCAAGUCCAUCUCAUCCAGUUCACUAAGAACAACCGUCCCAUCGCCAGUUAUGAGCCUGAACUCCACCCUGCUGCAUCAUACCGCAUUAAACAGCUCAGGGCUACAAUACAGAUCUUCUCCACCGGCAGCAUCACUCUCACAGGACCAGAUGUGCAGACUGUGGCCACUGCCGUGGAGCAGAUAUACCCGCUGCUGUUCGAAUGUCGGAAGAUAAAGCACUGAGAUAACUCACACACACACACACAUUGAAAAGCACCUUACAAAAGAUGUUUUUAAUUGAUUUUAACUUUUUUGUUUGUUUGUUUGGUUGGUUGGUUGUAAUGCGAGUGGCAGCUUUUGCCCCAGAGGGUCUCCGUCCUAUCGUCAGUCCUCCCGGGUUUGAGUUGCAAGCGUUGGAGACACCGUUGCAUGAGAACAUUGUGAACUUGUGAAAUUUAAUCGAGCACCCCCAGCUAAAAAAAACCCUGAACAUUCUGAGGACUCCUAGGGUGUAAUGCUUAAAGCCAACAUCAGACUGGCUGUUGUGUUCAAAUCGCUGUGCUACAAUCAUUGAAACAAAGAGUGAUAAACAUGCAAGGCUCUGUUUUGUUUUCAAUUGGCCGUAGCACAAUGAACAGUAGGGAAAGACAGUCCUGAACAGUUCUUAUCGCCAGUCCUUUUAUGAUCAGUAGGAGAGAGAGAGAAUAUGUGUGUGAAAGAGAGAAUGUGUGCAUGACUGAAUGAAUGUGUUUGUUAAAGAGAGAAUGUGUGUGUGAAAGAGAGAAUGUGUGUGUGAAAGAGAGAAUGUGUGUGUGAAAGAGAGCGAGAGAACUGUGGGCUCUCAAUGUAAAGAUGUGAUAGGAUUUUUUUUUUUAUUAUUUGUUUAUUUUUAUCUUAACUAUGUGAACUGACUGGCAAAUCGUCUUUUACAUCAACAUCUGUGACUGCACAUUACACUCCUACUGGUUGUUUCGGUCUUUCUUUUUCAUUUUAAUUAAAAAUAAUUGUAUCUCUGUAUUUUACUACACAUACUGUUAGCCAUGUUCUGUCAAAGACUGUCUUAACAGUAAUAACACUCAUAACACUUGAAGCCCUUCCAUCGAGUGACCCCACAUAUGUAGACUGCCGUACCUGAGCAUACCUGCCUACUCUGAAGCAAGCUUAAGCCCUCCUGCUAUGAAAGAAUAGUAAUAACUCAUCUCUGUGAAGGGCAAGUUUGGGUUCUGUAGUUAUAACUCAAGUUCAUCUCUGUGAAGGGCAAGUUUUGGGUUCUGUACAAAGUCUCACACAACGUCAUGUUUCUUUUUUUUUGUAUUUUGUAAAAAAAAAAGUUUUCAAAAAUUAAAUAAAAAAAAUUCUAAAAAGUGUAUAACCUAAAACAAAUGCUGUCAUAUUUGAUUUAUUCUUGUUCAAGGAAUGAAUAGGCACUCUUAACAGUUUUUUGUUAAGAUUCCCCCCCUCCGCGUACAAAUAUCCCACUAUGGACGUGCAUACCAUACAAUAACUGAUGACAAUU